UAGUGUCUCCUAUUUCUAUGUAAGGAAAAGCUUCCAUUCACCUCACACCAAAGAGAGAGACAGAGAGAGAGAGAGAUUGUGUGUGUGUUUGUGUCUCCCUGCAAUGGUGGUUCCAAGGCUUGGUGGUGGGUUGGAGGAUGGUGGAACCGGGCGUGGAACUAGGCCUAUCUGAACAAAUAACCAUUUCUUCCUUCUUCUAAAAACCACAAGAAAAAAAAAGCUAUUAUCUAAGAAGAAAAGAGAAAGAUAGUACCUUUCUUUUAAGCUGAAAGCAAAGUUCUGGUUUUUGAGAGGUACCCUACUUUCAAAUUUGUUAUGUUGUGGGUGGAGUUCCUUCUUUUGUUGUUUAGAGUGAUGGGGCUUUAUUGGGUCUAUAUCUCUUAUACCCUUAUAUGGGUCCAAUCAUCUCAAUGGUGCAAAUGGAUCAAAAGAGUUGAUCUGGUAAAAGAUUAGAAGCCCUUUUCCCAUUGAUGAUUGUGUCAUCUGAUACAGCUGAUGUGUGCUUGGCUUUGUUGUGGAGGCAAAUCUUCUUUGGCAAUAUGGAAGAGGAAUUUCUCUUUCCUUUAUGGCAAUUACUUAUGUUUGAAGAUUAACUGAAUAGGGCAAAUCUCCUUUGGCAGAAAGUUCUUUAAUUUCUUUUGGUUGGAUUCAUUCCAGUAAUAAUAUAUGAAAGUAACUUUUUUAGGCUGUAAAAGUAGUAUCAUUGAUAUGUGAUUCUUCUAGGAACUCCACCCUUUUUGUAGACAAAAUCCCCUUUGGCUUUUUUUGAUUAUUGGUUUGUUUCCUCCAAUAGCUAGAAAUUUUCAUUCCAGGAAACCACUACUCAAAAAGAGGGAGGAAAGAAAAAAAAGAAACCCAAAAAAAAAGAGUCUGAUAGCUGUAGCUCUAUGAUAUUGUACUUCUGGAAACCUCUCUCAACAGUUUCUUUCUGUGAAAAUAUUCAGUCCAAAUUGGGCAAAUCUCCUUUGGCAUUUCGGAGUCCUUUGUUGACUCCCAUUAUCCUAUAAGGCAUAUCUCCUUUGGUAUCAAAUCUCCAGGUUCAGUGGUGUAAGAUAAUCUUUUGGAGAUACUUGACUAACCAUCUGUGACAGCAAGAAGAGUCGGUCAGAAAUUUAUUGUACUACACUCAAGUGACCCUCUUGUGAUUAAAGCUAACACUUACACUGGGAUUUGAUACUUCAAUUUGCUUAAGAAGUUUGUGUUACCAUCAAAAUAUUAUGACAGGCAUAUUCUUCAUGGAUGCACUCGUUAGUGAUUCAGACUGGGAGACUAACAGUGAAAGCAACAGUGAGUAUCAAGAGGACAUCGAUUUUCUCUACGUGGGCCAAGCGCAGAGCAUAUUAUCAAGUUUAGAGGAAAGCAUCGGGAAGAUCGAUGGUUUCCUCUCAUUCGAGAGAGCCUUUGUCCAUGGAGAUGUUGUCUGCUCCUUGGCAGACCCAUCUGGACAGAUGGGAAGGGUCAUUGGUGUUGAUAUGUUUGUGGAUUUGGAAAAUGUUCAGGGAAAGGUCUAUAAAAACGUGAACUCCAAGAAACUUAGAAGGAUUCGCUCUGUUUCGGAAGGUGAUCAUGUAAUUAAGGGGUCAUGGCUUGGUCGGGUUCAUAGAGUGGCAGAGAAAGUUACAGUAUUGAUGGAUGAUGGAGUUGAAUGUGAUAUCAUCGCCUUGGAAAAAGAGAAGCUUUUACCACUGACUCAGAAUUUCCCUGAAGAUUUUCCAUAUCCAUAUUAUUCAGGGCAGAGAGUGAAGGUUAAGUCCCCCAGUGGUUCAAAAUCGGCCAGAUGGCUAUGUGGCACUUGGAGGGAUUAUCAAGAUGAAGGAACUGUUUGUGCUGUGGAAGCAGGUCUGGUGUAUGUUAAAUGGCUUGCCUCGGUUGCCACGGAUUGCAGUUUGAAUGUGAAUGCACCAUUAUGCUGGCAAGAUUCGAAAAACUUGACCGUGCUGUCAUGUUUUUCGCAUGCAAACUGGCAGCUUGGUGAUUGGUGCAUGCUAUCAGUUGCAGAACAGAAAGAACACAUUGCUCCUACUACAAUGGUGCAUAAGAUGGUAAGAGGAUACAAGAGAAGAAACCUUGACUCUAGAGAGCUGUUUACUAUUGGGAAGAUCAAGACCAAAAUUGAUGUUGUGUGGCAAAAUGGUGAGCAUUCUAUAGGACUAGAUCCAGAGGAAUUACUCCCUGUGAAUGUCAUAAAUGCACAUGAAUUUUGGCCUCAUCAGUUUGUGCUUGAAAAAGGUGCUUCUUAUGAUCCUCUUAAGCCUAAUGAUCAAAGAUGGGGUGUUGUCCGAUGUGUCGAUGCAUUGGAGCAUACUGUUAAGGUACAAUGGAAAGCUGUUUCCAUUUCCAAUGAAGAUAAUUUUGCUGGAGACAAAACGGAGGAAACUGUGAGCGCCUACGAACUUGUAGAGCACCCGGACUACUCCUUUUGUUUUGGUGAUAUUGUGUUUGCGGCUCAAAAACAGCUUGGGGACCAAGCUGGUAAAGAUAAUGGCAAGUCAGUGACUGACUUGAAGGCGGAGGCUACUCUUGAAGAUGGGAACCAAGUUCAUCGUCUAGAUGAGUUCCCUGAUAAUCCUUUCCUGUGCUGUGUCGGGAAUGUUACUGGUUUCAAAGAUGGUAACAUGGAGGUGAAUUGGGCUAAUGGUUUCACAACCAAGGUUGCACCUUAUGAAGUUUUUCGAAUUGAAAAACCUGAAGGUUCAGCUGUUACCUCCAUUCCUCAUGAAACUAAUGUUGAUGAGUUACCUCAAGAGAUGAUUGAACAUAGAAGUCUACCCUCUGACAAGAAGGGAAAGGACUUGUUAAAUAGUGAUGGUGUUAGAGAGAUUUGUGAAAAGCAAUUCGGGGAGUGUAGUUCCUUUUCCCUUCCUCGAGCCGCCUUUGAACUUUUCUCCAGCAUUAAAGCCAGCAUAUUCCAGACACUUGGUGCAACACCCCUUUCAGGAGCAGUUUCCUCAGUACCCACAUAUGAAGAGGAGAAUGGAUCUGAUUUUCUUGAUAAUAAAGAUUUGGAAACUUGCAACCAAUGCACUCACUCACAUCCAGUGGAUAAGUUGCAAUUUAUUGAAGAAAUAACUCCAAAUCCAGAAGUUGUCAAGACUCAUGAACAUAAUGAUUCUCCAUUCUCUUUCCACAACAAUAAUUCGAAUCAGUUUAAGCAAUUUGAUAUAAUAGAAAAUUGCUCUGACCAUCACUUCUUUGGUGAUGGUAGAGCAUUGACAUUAUCUCAGGUGAAAAGAGGCUGGGAAAAAAAGGUUCAGCAAGAAUGGAACAUCCUCGAGAAAAAUCUUCCUGAAACUAUUUAUGUUCGUGUGUUUGAAGAAAGAAUGGAUCUCAUGCGUGCAGCGAUUGUUGGUGCAUCCGGAACCCCGUAUCAUGACGGGAUGUUCUUCUUUGAUAUAUGUUUCCCUCCUGAGUAUCCCAAUGAACCACCUAUGGUGCACUACAAAUCUGGUGGACUCCGCUUAAACCCUAACUUAUAUGAGUCCGGGAGAAUCUGUCUGAGUCUCCUGAAUACUUGGACUGGUGCAGGCUCUGAAGUUUGGAACCCCAGAAGCUCCACAAUUCUACAAGUCCUUAUCUCUCUGCAGGCCCUUGUCCUUAAUGAGAAGCCUUAUUUCAAUGAGGCAGGAUACGACCAACAAAUCGGCAGAGCCGAGGGAGAGAAGAACUCUGUGAGUUAUAAUGAGAAUGCCUUCCUUGUCACAACCAAAUCAAUGUUGUAUCUGCUAAGAAAUCCACCUAAGCAUUUUGAGGCACUUUUGGAAGAACACUUCAGAAAACGGUCCAAACAUAUUCUUCUUGCAUGUAAAGCAUAUAUUGAAGGAGAUCCAAUUGGGUGUGGUUUUGAAUGUGCAAAAACUGAGCUUGAAAACCAGAAGGGGACUUCCACAGGGUUUAAAAUUAUGCUUUCUAAGAUCCUCCCGAAGCUAGUAGAGGCCUUUUCUGAUAUGGGAAUUGAUUGCAGUCAUUUUGUUGAGCACCAAAAUUCAGUUCCCUGGUAAAAAUUGUAUUUCCCGACCAAGAUAUUCCAAUCAUAUGUAUAUAAUAUUAGUAUGUUUACACGUAUCUGUUGUAUACGUUCAAGUAUCAAAUGUAUGCUUUUCUGAGACACCAAUCUCAGCUGGGUUUUGUACACAAUAGAUUAGAGGUUGUGGCAUCAUGUAUGUGUAACUAUGUAUCAUAUGGCUUGCAGCUGUAAAAUAUGAAAUAAGAAAUAAAAUAAAUUAUUGAAGUGAUUUGCAUGAAUCA